AGUGUAAAGAAAUUGAAGAACAAACGUGCAUUACAACACAGAGCACAAGAUCCCCAGUCACAUUACGAAGGUACUGACGCUUUUAAAAUAUUUUCAUGUGUAAAGAUUGUAGGAAAUCUUUUGAAAAUACCUAAAGACACCUUCGCCCUGUCUGCACAGUUCAAUAUAAUUUUAAUUUGUUCUACUACUUUUUUAUAUUAGAUUUUUUAAUUAUCAUCACGUUGUAAAUUCAUAUAGGAAUUUAAAAAACGAGAUAUUACAGAGAUAAUAUUAAAAAUUAUAAUAAGUUCAGUUUAAAACUACCCUGAUAUAAAAUAUAUUGAUGAUACUAUACUAUGUACCCGCGAUAUAACACGGACAUGAAUGAUGUUCAUGGCUUGUGAAACGUCUUGAUGAGAACAUUCGUAUUCUUCAAAAAGUUUAAAUAAAUGAAUGACAUAUGGUGAAAAAUUGAACGUAAAGUUUAGGGAGCGAUCAUUAUUUAUGGGGGAGGGGGUGGCACCCAAGAGACGUGUUUUGUUUUUUGGUAAACAUUUUGUUGAUCCAACCAUUAAAAAGUACCCAACCUCAAGUAUCAAUUAAAAGUAAAUACCCACCCAUGGCCAAAAAUUUCACAAAAGAAUAUCAUUCAGUUGUCACACAUGUCCUUUACCACUUCUGUGAUAUGAGUUUGGUAACUGCUUGUGCAAUUUUCUGCAGUCUAAAAUUUCAUGUUGUCUGCACAUGUACUUUCUUUGGAGACACCAUUUGCCUCUUGAUAAAUAUUAAAUCGGAAAAUGAUCAAGAUGACUCCGCGAUUGUUUAAUUUUACAAAUUGUAUUGACAUUGCUUUUAGUCACUCUAAUAUUUGAGUGAGUCUUGCUUUGGAAAUGACAAUAAAGUUUUAUUACCCAACCCUUGAGUUGUUUUGUUUUUGAUUUACUCAAUCUUUUAUUCACUCAAAAUUUUGUUUACCUAACCCUUUUCUCUCCGGUGCCACACCCCUAAACUCGUAAAUAAUGACCAGUCCCUAUAAUGUGAAUCAGCAUGAUUCUGUAUCAGAUAUACAUACUACUUCACGGUCAUAAUAUAUUUUGUGUUUUCUUCAUGAUUUAUUAAUUGUAAUCUUAUUUACCUGAAGAUGGAGUAAAUCUCCAAAGCGUCGUUUGUUGAUGUGGUUUACACAUUGAACACGAAAUAUAUUAUUAACAUGAGGCUUAGAGAAAGUUCGUUCUUAAACAUUUUGAAUUAUUAAUUGUACUAUUUACGUGUUUGCAACAAGUAUAACGAUUGUUCUUCCCUUUCUUCAGCGAUAUAUUGUGGUGAUUACUAUUUGUUUGAAAGCAGCGAAGAAAAAGAUACUGAUUCUGACAGCAGUCCUGACGACUCGCCACAACAUCACAGUCACAGAGGCUCGAGUGAAGUUAACGGUUUGUACUGUAAAUUUUGUUGGCAUUUUUUGAAAACACUGAUAUGCUCAUCAGCAUGCUCAUCGUUUUAAGUACUAGUUAAAACAUGAGCAACCGAUCGAUAAAGAUCGGAUGCGAAUGUUUUGACGUACUUAAAAAAACGAUCCAUUUUACGAGUUCAUUGGCGAAGUAAUUUUAAAAAUAAACAUUGUCUAAGCCGAGAAAAUCAAAGCUGAAGUUUAUGUCAAUCAGGACAAAUCAUUAUCCGGUUUACAAACGUUCAUUAAACAUUUAUUUCUUUUGUGCCUUUCUCAUGAAUUAUUUUUUGAUAUUUUAACGUGGAAUAGAGAUGUUGUAUCGAGGCUCCUGUGAUCGGAAUGUACGCCAGUAUUCUAAAAGCUCACUCGCACUCAUGCUCAAAAUACUCAAUCUGAGCUUCCCUUGAGUGUCAAUGCUUUUUUGAAUAGAUGGAGAGUAAGUAUAGUCACCUUGAGCUAUUCAAAAACAGCACUGACACUCAAGGGAUACUCAGAUUGAACCUCCUCUCUUUGAUACGAUAAUAGACUUUACCGUUUAUUCACUUUUCACCCAAUGGCCUCGUUUUCUUGUCAAUACUUACUCAUGGUUUGUGCUUAGUAGGGUUGAAAAUUACUUUGUUAUUGAGCCUAAGAACAGCAAGAAACAAAUUCGUACAGGAAAACAUGGGAAUAUCAAUCUUUAUCUGCCCCUGAGAUGCUAAAAUAAGUUAACAUGGAAACGAGGCCAUUGGAUAAAAGAGAAUAAUCGGUAAGGUCUAUUGUACUUUAUUUUAGAAAGUGAAAAAAAAUCGGAUACCAGUGCAAAAGAUGAUGAGGAACAAAGCGAAAGAGAAACGUCUAUUGGACAAGAACAAGAACAAGAACAAGAGCAACCAACAGACUCACAAACUAACACUUCCCAAACUAAAGUCGCCCUUGUCGUACAGAAACUGAAGUCUGUGCUAUGUUUAUUCUUGUUCUAUGGGAAAUGGGUGUUGGAUAAACUCAUUGGUUAUCUUAAUGAACUGAGCAAGGACUAUCGAGCCGUUGCUAGGCAACUGAAGAAAGCUAGGCGGGAAAAGAGACUGAAGGACAGCAUAAGGGAUUAUAGAUCGCGUGAUAUGAUGGUGUCAGAGUCGAUCGAUGACGAUUCUGUGGAUGCGAAGGUUAGUGAUGUGUGCUACAGUAAUUUGUACACGUAUGAGUGAUCAAAACGCAAUCUUAUGAUAGCCUGCAUAUCCAUGAGCCCGAUACACAAGGUGAAUAAAAAAAAAGGUAAUCGAACUCCAGCGCGCUAUUGUAUCUGAAUUACUCUGCAUAUGAACGAGAUUUUUCACAUUCGGAAAGAUCAUGCUUUUAGCUGUUGAAUGAUAUCUUCUUCGUGCCAAAUGGAUAAAAAAUGAGCAAAUACGAAUCCGAUAAAAAUGUUAGUGAGAAUCGCAUAUUUUCACCGUUGAGAGUUGGGUCUAAAACCAUUGAAAAUGAACCCGCCUUUGGUACUUAAGUUGAUGAAUUUCACUUCAAUAAACGACGCACAUAUUCAUAAUUAUUAUUAAGUAGAAAUCUUAGCUGAGCUACAACACGUUCGUGAUUAAUUGCUUUUUCUUUUGUUUAUGCAUUGUUUUAAUUAGGCACAGAGGUGAAAAUAUGCGAUUUUGACUAACGUUUAUGAUCGGCCUCGUACAUGCUUAUUUUUUCUCCACUUGGUAUGAAAAGCAUGUCAUUCAAUAGCCUAAAGGCCUGAUCUUUCCGAAUAUGAAAACCAAUUGUUCUUAAUACGCCGAGUAAUUCACAUAAAAUAGCGCGCUGAAGUUCGAUUACCUUUUUUUUUAUACACCCUGUAUUCUGGAGUACGUACCAUAUAUAUAUAUAUAUAUAUAUAUAUAUAUAUACCCAGGAUAUUGAACAGCUAUCCUUGGGUUUCACUACGGCAUUAUGCAGUGAAUCUGACGGGGGGUCAACUUCAAAUGUAUUGAUGCUUAUGCUGUACUGGAGUGAGAAAAUGAUACGAAAUUCCAUGUAUUUGCCACCAAACACAAGGCUAAUACAUAGAACGAACAAUCGACUCACUCUGAUAACUGUGUUUUGUUUUAGAGUCGACCCCCCCCCCCCCCCCCCCCCCAUAUCAAACCCAAGAAUUGGACAUGCUACCUUCAAACAAACUACCUACCUUUUUCUUCGUGCCAAAUGUGACCCCCAGACUACACUGGCACAGACCAGCGUAUAGUAGUAUAUUUUUAAUUACUCUAUUCAAAGCUCCAAUAGUAAACGAAUGGACCUAUUCCCUAAUGAACAAAAUUUUGAUCUAGACAAGUCUAGCCAAACAUUUCACCAUAGCUUGAAAGAGCAUCACAAAAUUGGUAAUAUUCCGAAGUUUCGUUGCGAAAUAUGUUGUAAAAUGCGGAUAAUAUAGCCCUGUGAAGUUUGCCGUUUUACAGUCAUUUUGUAUUACGCGCGGGAAAUUGAUACCUUUUUCAGAAAGCGGUAUCAAUUUCCCGUGUGUAAUACAAAAUGACUGAAAAACGGCAAACUUCGCAGUGCUAUAUUAUCCACAUUUUACAACAUUUCGCAACGAAACUUCGGAAUAUUACUAAUUUUGUGAUGCCCUUUCAAGCUGUGGUGAAAUGUUUGUCUAGACUUGUCUAGAUCAAAAUGUUGUUCAUUAGGAAAUAGGUCUAUUUAGGGAAGCAUUGUCUGGGGCCGGUUGUAUAAAAAAGUGAUUAAAGUUAACUAUAGUUAGUGGAAACGUCAUCCAAUAAGAAGCGCGUAUUUGAGAGUUAAUCACUAUUUAACUACAAAAUAGUGAUUAAAAAGUAAUUAAGAGUUUUAUACAACCGGCCCCUGAAGUUCAACAAGUUUUAUCUAAAUUAUUUCUUUUAGUUAAUCAACCUGCAAGAAGAUUCAAUAUCUUGGACGAGCAUCACAACAGAGCAAGUCGACACAGUCGAAGGUCCCAUACCAAACUGGCAUUUGAUGAAAUUUAUCAGAGCGUUAUACUACGCCAUCAUAUCACAAACUAACUACUUAUGCUUGCUUAUAAUGAUCAUCAACCACGUGGUCUACGCUUCGGUUUUAUCCAUGGCCUUCCCAUUGUUUAUCUUCCUAUGGGGGAUGUUAUCUAUUCCACGACCGACCAAAAUGUUCUGGAUUACGGUUAUAACGUACACACAGAUUGUUAUCAUCAUCAAGUAUAUUUUUAAAUUUGAGUUUAUUCAUUUCAACGAUUGCAGUAGCACCGUGGAACUGAGGAACGAUCCGUUGUGUCCGGCACGGAUAUUUGAAAUUGAACGAGACGGAGCGACGACCGCGUACGAUUUGCUGUUGUUGUUGGCGCUUUUCUUCCAUCGCUAUGUAUUGCAGGUGAGAAUAUCAAUAGGUCCCUGUGAUCAUUACGUGGAAACUAUCUGUGUUUUUAGUUGUGUUGACUUGUGGAAAACAUAACGUAUAUUUUUUGUUUCGACUUGACCUCGUAGCUCAGUUGAUACAGUAGAGCAUUGGGCUAACAAACGAUCAUGAACGAGUGUAUCAUGUUUUUGGAACAAAUGUAAAGAGUAUUGUUAAAAUAUAAAAAGUGAAUAGUCAGUGGCGUAGCCAGACCUUCAUUUUUGGGGGGGCGAAGCGAACGCCGAAGGCGCGAGACCAUCUAUGGAGGUCCGGGGGCAUGCACCCCCGUGAAAAUUUUGAAAUUUAGAGUCCCUGAAAUGUGAUUUCAAGCAUUUUGGGGCUGAAAUCUUGCAGAAUUCCGAAGAUUAUAAAGUACGCUCUAGGGGGGUUCGGGGGCAUGCACCCCAGGGAAAAUUUAAAAAUUUAGAGUCCUUGAAAUGUGAUUUCAAGCAUUUUGGGGGUGAAAUCUUGCAGAAUUCCGAAGAUUAUAAAGUACGCUCUAGGGGGGUUCGGGGGCAUGCACCCCAGGUAAAAUUUUAAAAUUUAGAGUCCCUGAAAUGUGAUUUCAAGCAUUUUGGGGGUGAAAUCUUGCAGAAUCCCAAGAUUAUAAAGUACGUCGAAGACAUAAAUUUUCCCAGACAUUUCUAAGUUUCUACUCGCUUUUAUAUAUGAUACAGAAUAAGUCUGAGAAGAAUAUUCAUGUUAUCAUAAUGCAUAUACAUGUAAAUGCAUAUACAUCUAAACUAAAUCUAUUCCUCUUGGAACCAUAUCUACAACUGUUUUAACGAGAUUUUAGAAAUCAAGUUCUUCCAGUAUUUCGUCGUUUUCCUCAGUCGAGACGUACUUAAUCCGUUUCAGCUUCGAGGAUGUAACGUGUACCCCCCCCCCCAUUUCUCUACGGAUUUAGCCUUUUUCAGAGAAUAGUUUUUUUGCGAUUGGGGGGGCGACCGCCCCCCCUUGCCCCCCCCUUGGCUACGCCCCUGAAUAGUCGUGGUGUUCCACGAAAACAGACUUUAGAACAAAUAUAUUUAUCCCCAAUCUACACUAUAGGAACUAUUGGUAUAUUUUUAAUAUUUAGGCACACGGUUUGUGGAGAGGUAGAUUUGACUCGGAGUCCCGGAAUGCUGUUGAUAAUAGUUCAUCGCCAUUUACUGAAACUGGUGAGUACUUGAUUGAAAUAACAAUUGUAUAUGGUGAAUAGUGCAUGCAAGGUGAAUUGUUUUAGGCUUUUAGCAUAUACCAUAACAAAACAAAAAUUACCAAAAGGGAACGAAAAUAAACAAUUUGUAUUACAGUUCCUGGAGUAGUUGUAAACGAACCAGUAUUUACAAGCUUUUAGAAAUUUUAUUCAUCAGAAUUAGCUUUAAAUAAUAUUCCGAGCUAUGCAACAAAAGCACUAUCCACAUCCGAAUAUGCGUUAAAAGGGCAUGUCCGAAAAUAUCAAGUAAAGUAGAAUGUACUAUAGUGAAUAUACAAGAAUUUAAGGAGAAAUUGUCUUGUUUUUACAGAUUUGGCGACAGUUGUCCCUGAAGAGGAUGUAAGAUUGGAUGAUGGUAUUGUUUUAAUGGUAAGAUGUAAACGUUGGAUUAAGGUCCAGACACACCGGACGCGAUUCGACAACGCGACGCGAUUUUUUAGUUUUUGAAAGUUAAUAAAAUAGCCAAUGAGAGGAAAUUUUGAAAGAUAUGUAGACCAAAUAACUCAAAAUGUUAUACCGCUUCUAAAUAUUUGGAAAAUUUUAACUAGGAUCAAAGUUAUCGGUCAGUGAAAAUCGAAAAAUCGCGUCGCGUUGUCCAAUCGCGUCCGGUGUGUAUGGACCUUUAGUGUCGCUUUUUACAGUCGGUAUAGGAAACGAUGCCAACAUUGUAUUUAAUUAUGAUAACAUUUGCAAUUUCUUUAGAGAAAUUUUGAGCUGUUUUUCUAGAUAAAAUUUGGUAUUUAGUCGCCGAGCUGCGUAAUUUCAAACUCAAUCUAUUGUAGGAAGAAGACAGAGAACAGCAAGAUGUUGACAAAGCCAAACAGAAAGGGUAUUUAUAUUAAUUGUUCAAGGAUUCUGUAGAUGGUAAUUUCAAAUGUGAAUUUUAUACAUUUAUUCAACCUAACAAGUGCGACUAACCCCAAAUAUAAUUUAUAGUAUGUGUAAUAUUUGGGUCAUUCUGAGAAGAAAUGUAAUGUAUCUUUAUAGUAAAAAACCUCAUCUUGAUCAACUUUUUCACCGUCCAAGAUUCCGGAUAUGAUGUCAUUUGGUGAAUUUUUGGUCAAAAAAACAAAGGAAAACUAAUUUGCAAUUCACCUAAUGACAUCAUAUUCGGAAACUUUGACAGUGAAAAAAGUUGAUCAAGAUGGGAUUUUGUAUAAUAAAGAUAUUAAUAUUACAUUUCUUUUUCGAAUGACCCAAAUAUUACACAUACCAAAAAUCAUAUUAGUGGUUAGUCGCACUUUAAUCAUAAUCAUCUAACUAUUAUCAAUGUUUCUUGAUAUGUACUGUAGCAUCAUGGACAAUGUGAUCACAUUUAUACAUCGUAUGGUUGACAAGGACGUUGGGUCUGGGACGACUGAUGUGUAUGGCGUGAUGUUUGGCUGUCAGUUUAUCAUUUUUCUCAUCAUUCUGUUCAGUUGGUCUGCGUUUGCUGAAGCCGAGGUACGUAUAGUGCAUUGAAAAAUUACUGCAAUCUGAUUGGUUAAGAGGAAUGCAAUAUAUGUACUAAUUGCACAAAAACAAAAUGGCGGCUCUUUUUGUAAAUACAAACGAGUAUACAAUGCACUUACUGUACUUAAAACAAAAGCAGAAAAUGAAAAUACACAAAAAGCACUGACUAAAAACUUUCUUUCUGAACUUUCAAUAUUUUGAACUUGAACAAUUGUUUGUUGGCGAAUCAAGAACUUGCUGCUUCGCUUGGACAUUUCGAAUAAAUAUUUGAACUCCAUAUAAAUCGUAAACCAUUUAUUGUUAAGGAAGACGUUUAUAGUUAUUUCUUGCACAUAGUUUAGAUGUUUAAACAAACCAGAUCUUAUAGAACAACUGUGUAACAAGUCUGAUAAUACAACCAAACUUGUUGCAAGUUGUUAACAGUUUGUUCCAAAUUUGUUACAACAACUGGGAACAUGCAGUGCGAACACAACGUGUCGACAGCUUGUAGACAGAUUUGUAACAACUUGUUUGCUAGCCUGAUUAUGACGCUGUUGUUUAUAUCAACAGCUCAGGUGUAAGGUUCUCUUUUCUUUAUAUUUUGCAUUCAGCCGAGUUCCGACGCAAAUUUUGCUCAGAUCAUUGAGAAGAAUGUCGUUCCCAGAACAUUUUUGUACAUGGUGCUUACUCAGUUUGUCCUUAUCAUGAUUGACAGGUAAUGAAGCUUGUUAAGUACUGAAGACCAUGUUAAUGGCCUUGAAAGUGUUGAAGCUUAAGAUAGACGUUUUCCCAGUUAUAUACAACUACUUAACAGUACAUUAACUAAAAUAUAACCUUGAGUAAGACUGGUUUACUCCAUCAAAUCUCUGUGAUCACAGUAGGAAUUUUUGCAUAGGUAAAUUCUACGUUUUGAAGGAUUUGUAAGAAAUGUUUCACUCAGAAACAUAGAGCAGACUAGUAUAGUCUUUAAUCAAUGUACUGUCAUGUUGGGUUUUUUUUAUUUUUCCUAGAGCUCUAUAUCUUCGCAAAUUUGUUCUUGGCAAAUUAUUUUAUCUCGUGGUGCUGGUCAUCUCGUUUCAUAUAUUUAUGUUCUUUGUUGUUCCCGCUCUCACUAGGAGGUAAAACAGAAUUUUAUGUCCAUUUUUUUAUUGAUGCAUGGUACCGACACACAAGCCGUUUUGUCUCUCAUGUGUAAAAAGCGAUUUAUAAUUUACGAAUUCCCUUGAAUUGUACCUCCAGUAUAUUGGAUUGUAUGUACUAUUUAAAACAUGAGCAGCAGUGUUUUAUCAGAUAUAAAGAUACGAGGCGAAGCCAAGUAUCUUUAGGUCUGAUAAAACACACACUGCGAAUGUUUUAAAUUGCUUCAAAAACGAUCGAUCCAGUAAGUUCAUUGGCGAAGUAAUUUUUAAAAAAUACGUUGUAUAAGUCGAGAAAAUCAAAGUUAAAGUUUAUGUAAAUCAAGGGAAAUUUCUAUCACGUAAAGAUACGACACGCUUAUGAUUUUUCUUUCGAAAUGCUAUUUACAACAUGAUUAGCCGGGUUCUAUCGGAUAUGCAAUUCGGUUUCUGCAAGCUUGUUGUCGUGAACUUGUUACGUGCAGACGAUAUCAGACUCGAUGGGACAAUUUUUUGCGACUUUGUUGGCCUCACCAGUCUUGUUACAAGAUGAUAACAACUUGUUCCAAACUUGUCAACAACUGGGUUCAAGCAGUGUGAAUAUAUCUUAUUGACAAGCCGUGAGAUUUUUACACAUGUAAUACAUAUGGCGACCAUAGAUAUCUUAUAUACACUAGAUAGCGCAUCUCUUUUAGUAAAAUUGAAGCGAAGAAUAUUCCAGCGGUUACUCCCAUUUGAAUAGAUGGCGACCAUGUUGGAGUUUCCCACUCGCUAAUAAACGCUUAAAAAACAACAAUAACUUUCAUCAUUUGAAUAGUUUGAAAAUGUGUUUGGAAUAGGUUUAACUUAAUGUUUAAGUUCCCUGUUUAAGAAAUAGAAAACUUACGAGUCUCCUCAUUUCAUGGGAAUAUCCUGUGUCUGCAAUCACGGCUUCAAUUUUUGAAUUGCAGAAUAAUUAGAUGCACUAUCUAGUGUAUAUAAGAUAUCUAUGACCUAUUGUUUACAAUUCUUUGGGAGUGUGAAUCGAUCGUUUCUCGCUGGAACAAUAUUGAAAGCUGUAAUAUACCCCCAAUUGUUGUAAUCUUAUGUUGUUUUUGUGCGUUUUAGGCGAUUUCAAGACAACGUUCCCGCGAUAUUUCUCUAUUUAUUUAAAUGUUUAUACUUUGGCUUGUCUGCUUAUCAAGUACGCUGUGGUUACCCCACGAGGAUUCUGGGAAAUUUCCUCACAAAAAAUUUCACGCUUACAAAUGUCGUUCUCUUUCAAGCGUAAGUAAUAACGACCCUUUGGGAAUUGUUGUUAUGUUUCUGUGUUUAUGAAAAGAGACGCUGAUAGCGUUUGCAGAGGGAGGGAUAUUUUACUUUUCUGGGACCGCAAGAAAUCAUUGAAAAAUUUUCUGUGAAUAAUCAAGUGAAUCGACACUCGGGCACAUUAACAAGUUGUCAAACUGAAUGUCAUGCUAUAGUCUGAAUGAAAAAAUAGGGGUCUGAUCCUAAGGUAAAUUCACGGAUGCCAAAAAGGAUACUACUGGGAAGGGACAGCCUCGUCCCCAGGCUCCAACCCAGACGCGCAGGUUCGUGGCGCGACGCAAGGCAGUGUACGGGUAGCAAAUCAAAGCGCAGCAAAUCAAAGCGCAGCAAACCAAAGCGCCUGGGGACGAGGAUGGGGAAGGGAGCUAUUGCUUGGGGGGGGGGGGCGCUACUAGAGGGAUCUAGGGGGCAUGCUCCCCCAGAAAAGUUUAAAAAUCAGGUGUUUCAGAUGCAUUUGCCAUACAAUAUUCUGUAGUUUAUACGUUUAUACACUAUUGCACUAUUAAGAAGGAUGCACUAUAAUUGCAUUUCUGAGACCAUACCAAUACAGUACAGGUGACAUUUUUUCUAUUGGUCGGAAUUUUUCCUCAGAAUUUCUCCUUUUAUCUAAAUUUUUGCAAGUAUCUUUUUUUUCUUUCUUGGGGAAAUAUUUUCUGGGACCGACGGUCCCAGUGUUCGUUACUUUUUCCACCCCUUUGCGUUUGAUUGAAAAUAUGAUAAUCUAAGACUCUAAGUGCAAAACUCGAUUUUUUCACAGAAUUCAAACAAUUCCGUUCGUGUUGGAAUUACGUAGUUUACUGGACUGGGUUUGCACGGACAGUACGCUGUCCUUGUUUCACUGGCUCAAGAUGGAGGAUAUUUAUGCUAAUAUUUACAUAUUGAAAUGUUAUCGCAAGGCUGAAAAGGUAAAAUAAGUUUUCUUGAUUUUCGAAUUUUGCUUUUCAGCAAAAUAUGGUUUUUAAUUAUUCUUGAGUCACCCACAGUAAAAUUGUUUUUUUGGGUCUUGAGCCUUUCUUUAUCUCAAUAUUCUACCAAUAAAGCAAAAGCUUUGCCAACCUUGAAUUAAUUUUGUAGCUCGCCCAUUAAUGUUCUGUAUACGUCUGUAUUACGGUAUACACAUGCUUAGUUAACUUGAAAGAUGUGUUUUGCGCUUGACUUGGUUGAACUAGAAUUCUGGGUUUGGUGGAUAAUCCAAGUGGGCAUAUAUAUACACAAUGUCAAAAAAUGCAACACAAGGUCCUCCGGCAGAAAUCGAGCAUGCGAUUCCGGUGCAGCGCUCUAACCAACUGAACUUACAGAGGCCAGUUGUCGUUCUGUUUGUUUGUCUGGCUGGCUUCGCCACUGCUUGACCAAACCCAGCAUGCUUAGCUAAGAUGAUUAUGACACGCGCAUGUGCAAACGGACUUGACCACAACUUUUUAUAUAACUGUUAAUUUUUUUGCCUUCUUUAGACCCCAUGGUUCCGCCAUGACCGUGGUGCUCAGUACCCUUCGCUCAACAAAUGGGCAGUCGGUGGUUUCUUAGUAUUUUUACUGAUCCUCAUUAUUUGGUUUCCAUUGUUGUUCAUGUCGUAUAUCAAUUCAGUUUAUACCAGUAAUACUCCGACUGAUGCCACGUUCACCUUAACUAUUGGCGGUUAUCAGGUAACAUAAUAUCUAGAUGUAUUUUCAUAUAUGUAGCUAUAAAAUGUGGCUGGUCAUAUUGCUGGUUUUAAUGUUGCAAUUGUUACAGGUUUUUAAAUUUAUUGGUUGUUGUUUUUGUCUUUCAUGUUGUUGUCGUUGUUGCUGUUGACGUUUUUGUUGUGUCAUUGUUGUUGUUGUUAUUGUUUCUGUCGUUGUUGUUAUUGUUGCCGUCGUUGUUGUUGUCGUUGUUGAUGUUGUUGUUGUUGUUGUUGUUGUUGUUGUUGUUGUUGUCGUUGUCGUUGUCGUCGUCGUUGUUGUCGUCGUCGUUGUCGUCGUCGUCGUCGUUGUUUUUGUUUGUGUCGUUGUUGUUGUUGUCGUCGUCGUCCUUAUUGUUGUUGUUGUCGUCGUCGUCGUCGUCGUCGUUGUCGUCGUUGUUGUUGUCGUCGUCGUUGUUGUCGUUGUUGUCAUCGUUGUUGUCGUUGUCGUUGUUGUUGUCGUCGUCGUUGUUGUCGUUGUUGUCAUCGUUGUUGUCGUUGUCGUUGUUGUCGUUGUUGUCAUCGGUUGUUGUUGUUGUUGUUGUUGUUGUUGUUGUUGUUGUUGUUGUUGUUGUUGUUGUUGUUGUCGUCGUCGUCGUCGUCGUCGUCGUCGUCGUUGUUGUCGUCGUCAUCGUUGUUGCCGUUGUCGUCGUCGUCGUUGUUGUCGUCGUCAUCGUUGUUGCCGUUGUCGUCGUCGUCGUCGUUGUUGUCGUCGUCAUCGUUGUUGUCGUUGUCGUCAUUGCCGUCGUCGUCGUUGCCGUCGUCGUUGUUGCCGUUGUCGUCGUUGUUGCCGUUGUCGUCGUUGUUGUUGUCGUCGUCGUCGUUGUUUCUCUAAUAAUUGUGCUCCAUUAUUGUCGUUAACUUUUGUUUUUGGCAACGUUUGUGCUAGGACAACCUACUAACGAAUAAUCCUAUGUUAUUAUUCAUUUAGCCAUUGUUCAAAGUCAGUGCCCAGCAACAAUUUUUGAAAGUUUUAACUGAUUCAGAAGUAGAAUACAUCAAAUCUAUUAAUAGACCAUAUCAAGGUACCUCGCAAGCUCAGGUAAAACAUCUCUACUCACAAAUAACGCCGACAGCUUUGAAAUAACUUAAGCUAUGCAUUUAGUAACUCGAUAUUGUGGUCACAUAUUUUACUAUUUAUCUCUCUUCGAAAAUAUACAAAACAAAUCAAUAGAUCUGCAUUAACUAUUCAGAGCGUACGCAAUGGAUUGAAAGAGUAAGUUAGGAUUGAGUAAGUAAUGAGCUAAGGUGAGGUUAGGGUAAAGAAUACAUUUAUGGAUUAGGAUUCGGCUAUGGGAGGGAGGUCGUAUUGGAAUGAAAUAAGUUCGCGGCGAACCUUCCUAGGGGGUUUUUGGACAUGAAUAUUUUGGGGGAAAAAUUACAGGCCCGGGAAGGGCAUUUUCAGCUAUUUCCCAUAAUAAUCCUGUUUAAAGUAAUCAUGUGUAUAUUGCCUGAUGAUAGCCAUAUAUAUUUUUGUGAAACAUACGUCUCACUGAAAAAUUAGUGAAGAUUCUUGUUGAUGAUUAUCGUAUUGCAAAAGAACAAUUACCCGAAUUUGCAACGGUCAAGUCGAUCAUUACUCUGCUUUAAAAAUCACGUGGGCACGCUUAAAAGACUGACUUAAAAGACUGUAUUAAUAUUUCAAUGAAAUAUUAAUGCUAUAUAGGUGUCUGGUAAAAAUGCUGUAUUUAAACUAAUAGGGGCUAAAGUAAACGCCAAAAGAAAUGUAAUUUACGUGGGUAAAUUAAAAAAAAACAACUGUAAUUUGAUUCGUUGUAAUAGCCAAAUCUGUGUGACAAUCUACACGUCUUCUCGAUUUUAGAUUGAUAGUUACCUGGAAAAUUUCAAAGCCAAAGGAAAUAUCGUGUUAGUUCGUGUGAGUGGUAACUCGAGCUCAAUCUGGACAAUCAGUCCACCAUCAAGGAAAUAUUUGGUUCAUGAUUUACUGUCUAAUAAUACGAAUGUCACUUUGCGUUUCCAGUGGGAAUUCACCAGGUGAGCCACUUUUGGCAUUCAUUUCUACCCUCUUCUUCCAUUUCUUACCUUGCUUCGUUCUUGACACCAUGACGUCACAUUGCAUAAUGACUUUCUGAAAAAAAAUGCAAGAUUUUGGGAUAUCGUGCAUCGAAAUCAUAAAAUCAUCUAUAUUUGUUAUGUCAACAUACUGCAUAUAUUUUUUAGAUGUCGAAGAAUUUGAAACAGUUAUCUAUAACAGCUUAAAACAUUUUCAUGGAGAUAUUAUGCAAUGUGACAUCAUAAAGAAAUUUCGUUGCCUACUGUAUAUAUAAGCACAUUAUUCGACCUUUGCUUCCUAUACCAUUCAUCUGUCAUGUUUUGUUUAGAGAGCCACUGACUGCAUUAGUUCAAGAAACUAUUUCUGGAGUGAAUUCAAUCGUACUCAGUCCGAAUGAUACGAUACGAACAAAUCUUGGUAAGAUGUUGGUGGAUUCUGCUAGCAGAGGACAGGAUGAAAUGUAAGUCACAGACAAAUCUUUGAAUUAAUGCAACAUAGAUGAUGAGGUUCAAAAACAACAUAGUUCUCAAUCUUCUUUUGUUUUUUGUUAAAACCAUCGUUAAUUCUUCCAUUUUCCCAAAACAUUUUCGUGCAUUUCUCCACCUUUUAGCUAUCAUUCUUCAUUUUUAAUCGGUGUCACUCAUAUUUCCUAUCCAAAUCCAUGUUUUGCCGACUGGUAUUCAAUAUUUUGCCGACUACCCGCUGACUGGGGGGGGGGGUUGUAAACCUCCCCCCCCCCCCUUUAGUGCCGGCCCUGAAAAAGGGUCUUUUUGAUGCGCAGUGGAAACUUUAAAUUUGCCUGUUAUCUAUUUUUUAGAACAAUCAAGAAUCUAUUCCCAACAUUCAUUCGAGUUCCAGCCAGUGGGCAGGCUACGGCUUUAACUGAGCUAUAUAAUGCAAGUUAUGUUGACUGUGGUAUUAAAGUCCGGGUUGGCUCUGUCCCCAAUGUUACUGGGGAAGUGGAAUGGUGGGAGCUUACUCAAAAGAAACCUAGGCCUAUAUUUGAUUCAGGUCAAUCGACAUCUGACCUCGAAGUCAUUACAUUCAACGACUUUGUCCCUCCCUUACAUUUUUCAUUUUUUGCCAGCACUGGGUAAGUAUUCGUUGACUAUUGUGUGUUUAUUUUGAUAGAUAUAAAAUGGAUUAUCCGUUUCUUCUACCUCAAAAAUUUUUCCGCAAAAUGGCGGUUAAAGUAUGUCGGUUAAAGUGGGAAUUAGAAGUUCACAAUAGACAACAUGGACUUGCAGUCAAAAUACAAGAACCUUCCCAGUUUAGCUGCUCUAGUUUGUUGUAAUUUUCUGGAAAUUGUUCUGUUUUCUCUAUAGCAGUUACCAAAAUAUCAGCAAAUAUCAAAAUAUGGCGACAAAAUUUAACUUUCCUUUGAAAAUUUGUAGCGAAGGAUGCAUUUUUCGUUAUAGUCACUGCAUUUUAACACAUGAAAGGUGCGAAACUUGAAUUCUAUCUCGGUAUUGUAGACAAAUGUCUAUAAAUCGGUAACCGUUACAGUAAUACAGAACAAAUUGCAGAAAAUGUCAACAGACUACAGAAGUGGAAGUGGGAAGGUUCUUGCAUGUAUUUUGACUGUAAAUGCAAAUUAAACAAGUUUGCUUCGCCUUCGGUUCGUUCAAACUUUUCUCGUUUCCCAAUUGUCGCUACGAACCUCCUGGAGAAAAUAUUGAUUCUUUUCCUUGUACAUUUUGUACUACUCGAAACUCUUUGUAGUCUUCUCGAAAGUUCAUUCUUGCGUACAAUUUCCCGCCUCCAAACUCUUUGUCAAGUUCAAUAUGGCGGAUUUAUAACGGUACUCCAAGUGAUUUUUUUAUCCUGUGAAUCAAUGAAAACGACGGUGUUUUCAUCCUGAAUGUUAGCGUGGAUGCGCGCCGUAUAUUAUGCAUAGGGAAUUUAAAACUUUGAGGAAGAAAGUACAACCAGAAAAGAAAAAAAGGGGUUCAAGAAGCUAAAUUUUAACAACUGUCGACCCUCUCUUAAUAUAUACACAAUAUAUUAAGUACACACUUAAUAUAGACACAAUUCUCGAGUACAAGCCAAAUGAGUAUUGUUUUACUCACUCGAUAGAUGUGUUUUGUAGAAGGAAUGGACUAUAGACUAAAUUUUGAUCUGAGCAAAAAGAACAAAAUCCAUCACCACAGCUGGAAAGAGCAUGUUAAAAUUAGUAAAAUUGCAAAGUUUGGGCGCGAAUUGUUGUAAAAUGAGGAAAAUAUAGCCCUACGAAAUUUGCAAAUUUUGUAUUAAUUUGUAUAUUAGGCACGGGAAAAUGCACCACUUUCAGCCCAAAUGUGGUGCAUUUCCCGCGCGUAAUACAAAUUAAUACAAAAUUUGCACAUUUCGCAGGGCUAUAUUGACCGCAUUUUACAACAUUUCGCGGCCAAACUCUGUAAUUUUACUAAUUUUAACAUGCUCUUUCUAGCUGUGGUGAUGGAUUUUGUUCUUCUUGCCUAGACCAAAAUUUAGUCUACAGCUGGAAUUGCCUAUUCAAAAAUUUCAAGUGUAAAUUUUGUACAUUUAUUGGACAUAACCAACAGCAGUUGCAAACCUGCGGCCCUGCGAUUCAGGUGCAAGCGCUCUAAAGGCCGUUUUCAUUAACAUUCGCUUUGCCCGCGUGGGCUAAGCGUUGAUUGUUUUUGACGCCCGUCACGCCCGCAUGAGCAGAUUUUCAAAGCCCGCUCCGCAUGAGCGGGCAAAACGACUGCAAUGCCAAUGCAACUGAGCUGAGCCAACUGAGCUGCAGAGUUCGGUUGUCGAGCUCUAACCACAUGUUCUGUUCUUAAGCGGAUACCAAAACGAAAAUCCCAAGUAGCAUUUCAACGCUCCUCUAAAUGGACAGUUUGCAUUUUGCUUCCUUUAAAAAAUAGUCUUUAGCAGAUGACAGUAAUUAUUAAUUAAAUAUCAAUGAACCUCACAUAAGACGACGACACCUCCCGUCGUAAAGGGCGGACCAUUAGAAAAGAGAUGGGCGGAUUUUCGGCUUGCACGAAUAUUUUUCUUUGCUUUCCUUUUUGCAAGAAUCUUUUUUUCUUUUCCUUUGCGCGAUUUUUUGUUUCCCUCCCAGCCCCCACCUGUCCCCUCUCAUCUCUUUUUUGAAUGGAAUGGUCCGCCCCUAAGCGGACACAAUCGCCUGUAUUCUAAAAGCUCACUCACGCUCAAAGAGUGGAGGUUCAACGUGAGCUUCCCUAGAGUGUCAGUGCUGUUUUUGAAUAGCUGGAGGGUGAGUAGUCACAUGGUAAGGUACGACAUUAACCAUCCAGCUAUUCAAAAACAGCACUGGCACUCAAGUGAAGCUGAGAGUGAACCUCCAGUCUUUGAGUGUGAGCGUGAGUGAGAUUUUGGAAUACAGGCGAAUGACUCGGCCGCAAGGGUGUGUCUACCUAAUGGAGGUUCAACUGUACUCAUUCUUUAAAUUCAGGCGCCAUCGACGCAUUUCUGCUGAAAAUCUACGCCCUGUAGAUAAGCGAAGAAAUUAACUUUUUCCAUAUGAGACCAGUGAGAAAACAAUUCCACUGAUAACUAAAUACACUCCCGUAAUUCCGUUAUAUUUCAAUGAUUGACAGGAUUAUUGGUUUGUACGUUGGGUUUGUGUGGUUGGUUGGCAAGUUUGUCCGUUUAUUCUUCACAUCCAUAUCGUAUCGUAUCAUGUUUGACGAGAUGCCGGAUGUUGAUAAAGUGUUCAAGUUGUGCCUAGAUAUUUACAUGGUGAGGGAGACGAAGGAAUUUGAACUGGAGGAAGACUUAUUUGCGAAAUUAAUGUUCCUCUAUCGCUCGCCUGAGACGCUGAUAAAAUGGACCAAGUAUAAGACAGAUUAAACAGCAGAUAUUAUUGUCGAUGUCAGGUCGCCUUUCAAAGAGCGCUCUCUAUAUAGCUUAUUGUGGAUGCUCCCAAUUUCGUUUCUAAAUUCGGAAUAUUGGAAAGCCGUUUCGCAAGUUGUUUACUAAAGUGCCGAAGUACUGAACGUAAACUCGUAAUUUCUCGUGUUUUACUAACAUAGCCAACAUAUUUGACGAAUUUUUUAUUGACGUUUAAGGUCGAUUUACAGUACACAACUUUUGCCUAAAACUGUCGCAAGCAACCUACUUACAACUUGAGUUGUACUGUGUAAUCAAGCACACAAUUCGCCCACGUUGUCGUAGAUGAGUUGUAUAUUGAUUUACCCAGUACAACUAUUUACACAGUACAAGUUGUAAGCAGGUUGCAUUCGACAGUUUUAGGCAGUAUAUAAAAUCGACCUUAAGAAAUUCGUUUAAUUCUUUGGCUAUAUCAGUAAAACACUCCAGAAUUAAUACGAGCUUAUAUGUUCAUUACUUUAGCAAUUAUUUCUUUAAACUAUAUUUACCACGCUGACCCCUUCAGCAUAGGCUAAUUUCCGAAGGGAUGUCAGCAAGCAAGUUUGCAAAUUCCGAAUUUGGAAACGUAAUUGGGGUUGGCCCAACAAAUAUGAGAACCGCGCUUUGAAAACGUGACCUGAAAUUGACAAUAAGAUAAAAAAUUCUGAGGUGGGUACUAAGCACUGUCACAGAAUAAAGAUCAGUAACAGAAAGGCCACUCAGCGGUGCAACGUGUCGUCGUUUUGUAUGCAAAAAUAUGCAGUUUACUGGCCAGAAGGCGGAGCAGCCAGUCAGUACAGCGUGUUUAUUGGACAGAAAAUGUCACUGACUGGCUAGGAAAAUGGCGGACAACAUGCGUAAUGCGACCAUGCGCGAGGACAGAAACGUCAAAGCUUCCGACGUAAGUGACCCUUCUUGAUAGGUCUUUAUUCUGUGGCACUAUCGUGGAGCUGAUGGCAGUCUACCGGUAGAUAUGUCACAAUGGGAAAAAAUGUUAAUAAUUAUUUUUAUUUAAGAUAAGGUAUAGUCUUGUGUUUGAAUGAAACCCAUUAAGAUGACAAGUGCCAAGAGGAGUAUCUUUUUGAAUUCAAAGAGACAAUCUCGAAGCUAGAAUUCAGUUUGUGAGCAACUGUCCUUGCUCCAGACUGCAGAGUUGGGCACUUCUCUACGAGAUCUCGGGUGCGCAAAUGUUAGAAUAUCGAAGUGCAUUUGCGCAAAACAGUUCCCAAGUGCGCAUCAAGAUGCAGUCAAGAGCACAAAAGUAGCUAGAUACAUGUUAAUUUGCAUGAGGGCCGCAGAUUAAAAUUUCUGCCUAAAAAUAUCGAGUGCGACCAACUCUGCAGUUUGGUCUUUGCUUACAUAACAUUGCAAGAUAUAGCUUCCCAAGCCCAAGGGUGUCGCUAGAGGGGUGUGGGGUGGAACAC